CGUGGGCUGUGCGCCUGUGGGACUUGGGACGGGACAUUUCCUGUUUGACACAGAACAGGUUUGGGCUGGGUCCCACUGACGCCGAAAGAUCCAAAGCAUGUUGGGAGCUGCUGCCACUGGUACAAUGAGGCGCUCUGAAGGUGAGUUGCAGCCCAGCUUUAGUAUCCCAGUAGAGACUGAUGAGAACCAGGACAUGAGUGAGAUGCACCCACAAGAGCCCCUCAGAGGUUUGGCCUCUGCAGUCCCCAGACUCCCCUCCAGGACAGAACAGCUAUAUGAACCCUGGCCCCUGCAGCCUUCUCUAGAGGAACAACGCUUAGAAGCCCCCAGCCCCCUGAGGUCUGAGCUGUUCCUGGACCAACGUGCUCCUGGUGCUCCUGCCCCUGGUGGUAUGCAGUAUCCUUGUCAUUUUCCAGCCCACGCUGCACAAGUCCCCCAGCAUGCUCCUGUCGGCCAGGUCCCACAGAACAGAGCGCACCAUGAGCGGCUGUUAGAGUUGUCACCGGGUCAUCGGGUCACCGAUGGGGUCAUGAGGGAGGUCUGCUGCGAUCCGUGCUCUCUUCCUGUGGAUCCUGGACAGAUCAGGAAAACUAUCAGCCUCCCUGAUGAGUGCAAGACUGUUUUCAUCACAUACUCUGUUGACACAGCCAAAGACAUGAUUCCUUUCACCAAGUUCCUCCUUGCCAAUGGAUUCCAGCCAGCGAUCGACAUCUUUGACAGCCCAAUCAGGAGCAUGGACACAACCAAAUGGAUGGAUCGCUUCCUGAAUGAUAAAUCCAUGUUGAUCAUCGUGGUCAUCAGCCCUCAGUAUAAGGAGGACGUGGAGGGGCUCGGGCCUGAUGAGCACUGUCUGCAUACGAAGUACAUACACAAACAGAUCCAAAAUGAGUUUAUUCAGCAAGGCUGUUUGAACUUCCGGCUAGUGCCAGUUCUGUUCCCUGGAGCCUCCAUGAGACAUGUCCCCAGUUGGCUCCAGAGCACCAAGCUGUACCGCUGGCCUCAAGGCAGCUCAGACCUGCUACUGCGACUCUUUAGGAUGGAGCGAUACAUUGUUCCAUCGCCUGGAACUGGACUUACCCUCUCUGUUCGCCCGCUUUGAAUGCACUCAUUCUAAUCAUUGAAAUUGCCUUCAUCUAAAGGCUAUCUUUUUUUCAGCACUUUACAAGAAUUCAUCAUUCAGAGAUCUCAUUGUGCAAGACAGUUUUGAAACUGCAUUAGCUGUAUUAGGGGAGGACUGGGCAAGGGUAGAACAUUAUCAAGGAUUUUACUAAAAUAGAAGGCCUCACAUUUUGAGAGAAUGGGCACCAAAGAACAUCUUUAUUUUGAAAGGAACUUUAACAAACUUCCAAUGGACAAAUGACAUUGUGGCUUUGUGUGAUUUUGGCUAAGUUAAUUUACUUUGUUUUAAAGGUUUGGCAUCUGAUGUCUAAAUAAAAGCAGGGUGGAUAACA